CUGUCCGAACCACAGUCGUUUAGUCACGUCAACGAGAAAAAAAGUGGGCGUAUGUGUCUAGUUGUAAGCACUUUUUUUUUGUAUGUAAAAAGACCCCCGCGAAUGUUGUUUAACAGAACCAGACACACUCCAGGCUUUAUUCGCGGGUGAACCUGCGGGUUCACGUCACUUUGAUUUCUCUAAGGAAGAGGAAUAUCAAAAAUAGAUCAGCGGGACUAUCAAAGAUGGCAUUUACGGCCGUGUGGAACUACUCCGUUCCCUUGUCUGUCAUCACUUUGCUAUCUCUUGUGGGGACAGCGCGUUGCCAGGCGGUGCAGGCUGAAAAUGUGACAGUGUUGGAGGGAGGCACUGCCCAGAUCUCCUGUCGUCUGCAGAACUAUGACGGCUCCAUCGUGGUCAUCCAGAACCCUCGCAGACAGACCCUCUUCUUCAACGGCACACGAGCGUUGAAGGACGACCGUUUCCAGAUGGUUCUCUUCACUCCCCGUCUGGUGCGCAUCACCCUCACCAACGUGAGCGUGUCGGACGAGGGCGGCUACUUCUGCCAGCUCUACACUGACGACACCCACCACCAAGUGGCCACUCUGUCCGUGUCCGUCCCUCCCGACACCCCCACGGUGGAGGUGAGGCAGGAGGCCGUGGAGGGGGGCGAGGUGGAGCUCACCUGCCUGUCGCCGCGCAGCAAGCCCCCCGCCACGCUGCGCUGGAUCAGGGACCGCCGGGAGAUACCAGGUGUGGUGUCCCAGCAGGAAAAUGGGAAGACAGUGAGUGUGUCCAGCACCAUCCGUCUCCCUGUGGAGAGGAAAGACAACGGGGCAGCGGUCAGCUGUGAGGCAUCCCACCCCGCCCUGGGGGGGCAGAAGAGGGUCCGCCACUACCGCCUCGACGUCUACUUUGCCCCCACAGUGAGGAUCAUCCCUCCCCCUGGCAUCCUCCGAGAGGGAGACUCUCUCAGCCUCACCUGCUCCAUCACUGGCAACCCACUGCCUAGGGAUGUCCAGUGGACUAGGAUUAAUGACACCUUACCUGAGAGGGCAGAGAUCUCUGGCACCACCCUCCAGGUGUCCCGUCUCAGCCAAUCACACAACGGGACCUACCUGUGUCAGGCGCAGAACAACUACGGCCGUGCCGCUGACCACUACACGCUGCUGGUGUACGAGAAUGUGUCUGUCACUACCAUGGUCCUUCCCACCUCCCAUCACGCCACCUCCCACCCAAUCACCCUCCUCAUAACCCCCAGCUACGCACCGGACCCCCGAGACCCCGGUGCAGUGAUUGAGACCCACAGUGCAGUACCGUACGCUGUGAUAGGGGGCGUCCUGGCUCUGCUGGUCUUUACCAUCAUCUGUGUUCUCAUCAUAACCAUCUGGUGCUCUGUCCGACAGAAAGGUUCAUAUCUUACCCAUGAGGCCAGUGGGUUGGACGAGCACGGGGAGGUCCAGGAGGCUUUCCUCAACGGGAAUGAUGCCAGUCAGGGCAAGAAGGAGUACCUACUGUAGCCUCCAUCCCCAAAACCCACACCCCUCCCCCAACACGCCAUGACGGGUGGCCUUCUGAAUCGACUGUAAUACUACUGCACACAGACCACAUUACAGACCACAACAUAAACCACAACACAGACCACAACAGGGACCGAAAGAGAGAUCCGUCCAGCCCUUACAUUACAACUGUGCCAUACUGUAGGUGUACUGGAGGAAGGAGCGAGGGAGGAUGGCAGAGAUAGAGGAAAGUGAUAAUAGGCUCAUUAUUUUGAUAGAGAGAAGAGAUAACAAGAAAGAAAGCCUCAGCACUUUCCUCCCCUGUGGUAAUUGGAGAGGGAGGGAGAAAGAGAGAGGAAAGAGAGAGAAAAAAUGUGGUGGGGUCGGUAUGUUUUCCAGAAGCUAUUGAGUUUGAAUGUUAAAUUUGAUUACUUGAAAUUGCCAAAGCACAUCAGCCAACAGAGAGCAACUCAUCUAUAAUUAUUUGACAACAUUGCAGAGUGUUACCCUGAAAGUCUCAUAAAGUAUACCUGAACUGUUCAGUCAAUUCUGCAGACAACCCAGGUAUUGUAUUUGCCGUCCGUUCUAGGGAGUCUGCCAAUGUUUUCUGGGUAAUUUAGAAACCUUCCUUUUAUGAAUGACUGCUUUCCUCGCAGAACAGAACUGUUGUUUCUCUUCUUUGAAUUGUCCCUCCCUCCCUCCCUCCCUCCCUCCCUCCCUCCCUCCCUCCCUCCCUC